AUGACGGAAAACGCACUUAACGGCGUCGAUAACAGGCGCACACGCUCCCAAGCGGCACCGGAAUGGACGGUAACGGAACAACUUAUUCUCGUCAACGAAAUCGCCGCGGUGGAAGCCGACUGGUCCGUUCAGCUAUCGUCAUACCAGCAAUGGGAUAUCAUAUCGGAAAACUGCGCCGCCUUGGAUGUUGAUCGGAGCUUGGCUCAGUGCCGCCGGAAGUGGCAGUCGCUGUUGGCCGAGUAUGACGAUUUCAGAAAGAGACAGAGGUCGACAAAUUUGGAUCCUGAAUUGUUUGGUGCUAUUGAAAGAGUUGUUAAGGGGAGAGAAGAACGAGGUGAAAUUGAUCGUGAGAGUGAUCCUGAAACGGUGAAUGAGGAGGAUUUUGAUGCUAGUGUUGAAGUUGAAACUGGGUCUAAAAGAAAAAGACAUCGAAGUAGAUCUGAGAAACGCUGUGGUCAUAAGUCUAAGAAAAGCCGCGAUGAAGAGCCUGAGAAUAAUCAUUUAGAAGAAGAGUAUUUGAAAGACUUCUUAGGAAAGAAAUCUGAGUUGAAACAUUAUGCAAGAAGGCGACCAAAGCUCAUAAAGUCGUCUCCUUUGAAGAGCCUAGCUGAAGUAGACGAAAACCAUGAUAUUGAAAAGCCAAAGCCGGAGGAGAGUAUAGGAAACGUAACAAAUAAUCGUAGGGAAGAAAAUGAAGAAAUUUUGACUUUGAAGUUGCAAGAAUUGGCGAUAGAGAUUCAAGAGAUUAGUGGUGAAUCAGCGGACUGCAAGGAAGCUAACUCAGAGAAUAUAGAAGAUUAUCAUACGGAAUUUACCAGACGCCAAGGGGACAAACUCAUAGCAAGGCUAGGAAAUUUCUCCAACACCCUUAAGCAGCUAUGUGAUCUUCUCCAUGAGUGUAAAUGA